GCGCACUACUAGAGAGAUGUAGAUCCAUUUACGACUCUUCUCGAGAUGAGCCUUUCAUACUACGACUUUUCCGACCAGACAAUCAAGAGAACAGGAUGGAACCAGACCCCGGACCAUCUUCCUCGAGACCGGAAGACUGCAUGUACUAUUCAAUCACCGAAGCAGCAGCACGCCCUAUGUCCAGCGAUUUCAUCAAGAGAGAACGGGUCGAGCAGUACAGGUACGAGAACGAGCAGGCCGCUAACGGACAAAGCUGCCAUGCAGCGGAGCGGCUAGAGCAUGAUAUGGAUCGGGUGAGCAAAUAUGAAGGGUCGACCACAUUAGGGCUCGUGACUGGUUACUUCCAGUUCUUCAUAUCACGAACUACGGAUAUAAACCUCGCCGACGGAGGCCUCAUCCCCGUGCGCGAGUCGGAAGACUACUCGAUGACGCUUGGCAAAUGGACGGAGUUGGGCGCUCGUCUGAAACGGCAGGCGGAGCGUCAGCAACAGCCUCUCAAGGUAUGGUGGGAGCGGCUGGAGACUCUACGACUCGCAAAGACGGACCGAGCGUACCAUUCUGUCCAGCUUGCUAUGGAGAAGAUCGGGAGACUGGACAGCUACAACGGGAUGAAGAAGUGGAAAACCCCUCCAAUUGAUUCGCGAUUAACGGAUGUAUGGCGCGACGAGCUGGGCGACUCCGACGAAGACAAGCGCUGUUUGAUCUGCUUUGACGACUUCACAUAUAAGGGCUCUGAUAGAGCUGUCCGGCUAGAAUGUAAUCACUGCUUCGGCCGGGAAUGCAUUAAGAAGUGGGUCGAGUCGAGCAGUCCACCUAAGCCUUGCCCAGCUUGCCGAAAAGCAAUCCGCCCGCCGCCUCCACGUACAAUCACACCUCCGCCAGUCUUCGGACCUUUUGACCGACCAGUGACGAUAAACUGCGCCAUCCUGGUUGAUUGGUACAAUGAAUUUAAGGCCAAAGAGGAGGCCUCUACCUAUUCUGAGCGCCGCUUCAACCCCAUUACCUGCUCCGAGGUGACGGUUAUGGAACAGGUCUUCAACACGGUACUUCCGCCAGCAGAGGGGGUAACCUGCAGCCCAUACCACUUCUCGAUCACGCUGCAGCAAGCCGUCUCUGGAAGGCUCCGCGAGCUUCUCUCGCUUUUCUCCACCUUUCCCGCGCUGCGGGACCGCAUUACCCCUGGAUUCGAAAAGCUUUGUGGACGAAUAUGCGACGGCAUGGCCGUGCGAUUGCAGGAGCAAGCGACGAAAGAGAGUAACUAUUACGAGGACGAGGGUCUGUGAGAUUCACAAACGAGAACGGCGUUGAAUGGGCGGGAGGAUACCUACAUUUGGAAUUUACGGAUUCGACACGUGCGUCCACGACUCAGGAUACCACGAAGGAGUUGCUGGAUACCCCUACCCACUAUACUUGCACAUAAUACCCCGCAUGCGGAACUAGAACCCCAUUUACACAACCAGGCAUAACAAGCCCCAAAUACCUACAUACCCA